AUGAAAUUGUUAAGACAAAUCUUGUGUGUGAUUUUGCUGUCGGCUUUGGUCUCGUCAGCGGCUCUAGAGAAGGGUGAGCGUGAGGAGGCUCUACACUUCAAUUUUCACACGGAAAACGGUCAUCAGAGGACCGAGGACAUAACCUACACGGUUAGGCCGGAAACGGAUCGGGACGCGAAGGAGAAGGGUACCCCCAAACCCGUGGAGUAUCGUGGCGGCUAUAGCUUCAUCUCAGCGGAUGGCUACGAGUAUCAGGUGCUCUACAAGGCUAAUAAAAAUGGCUUCCAGCCCUAUGUGACGGCGCAUAAGAUCAAAUCGGAUAAGAUCUAAAGACUAAUAUUUCUUUUGUGUUGUGAUAGAUGAUAA